UCACCAUUCAAACCACAUCCAGCGGCUCAUAUUCACUUGAGAAGAGCCACAGGGGAUAUAAUACCCUGCCCGUACUUUGCCUCUGCAACUCUGUUCGUUUCAACUGGUCUAAAAGAGAUAAGAAAGAAAGCUAAAACAUGGCUUCUCUGACAAUGGCGUUUGCUCCAGCUGCCGGGAGAGUGGUGUUUGCUGCAACGGCGGAAAAGGGUGCCGGCGGAAGCAAGGAGGAGAAAGGGCUUCUGGACUGGAUUGUUGGAGGGUUACAGAAGGAGGAUCAGCUGCUUGAGACCGACCCAGUUCUCAAGAAGGUGGAUGAGAAGAAUGGCGGCAGUGGCUCCAACGGUGGGCGCAAGAAUUCUGUGGCAGUCCCGCAGAAGAAGAAGGGUGGCUUCGGAGGGCUUUUUGCUAAGAACUGAUGACUCUGUUUUGGGUCAUGUUCUGUCGUUUCACGUACGCCACCAUGCAUUUUCAUGUCUAAUUUGCUUUCAACCUUUGGUGAUUAUGGAAUGCUUAAGUUCUGUUUGCUUCUUGAUAUUGUGUAGCUAAGGAUUACUAUUAAUUCAUUUUGGAUCAGCUUCCAGCUGUUUACUCUAUUAUAUUGACGCAAGUAAUACUACUCUUUUGAGUCUUUUUAUCUA